GACAAAGUUCCCGGCGAAUACUAGAAGGAAAGGAACAGAAGAUCUCUAGAAAUGGCCACGAAGCAAGAAGCUGGGAGGCACCAGGAGGUUGGCCACAAGAGCCUUUUGCAGAGUGAUGCUCUUUAUCAGUAUAUACUUGAAACCAGUGUGUACCCAAGAGAGCCCGAAUCCAUGAAGGAGCUCAGAGAGUUGACUGCCCAGCAUCCAUGGAACAUCAUGACUACGUCUGCUGAUGAAGGGCAGUUCUUGAACAUGCUUCUCAAGCUCAUCAAUGCCAAGAACACCAUGGAGAUAGGCGUCUACACUGGCUACUCUCUUCUGGCCACAGCCCUUGCUCUCCCCGAUGACGGAAAGAUCCUGGCUAUGGACAUCAACAAAGAAAAUUACGAGCUGGGCCUGCCAGUAAUUCAAAAGGCAGGGGUUGCCCACAAGAUUGACUUCAAAGAAGGCCCUGCUUUGCCUGUUCUUGAUCAGAUGAUCGAAGAUGGGAAGUAUCACGGGUCGUUCGACUUCAUAUUCGUGGACGCAGACAAGGACAAUUAUCUGAACUACCACAAGAGAUUGAUCGAUUUGGUGAAGGUGGGGGGAAUCAUCGGCUACGACAACACCCUCUGGAACGGGUCGGUGGUGGCGCCACCCGAUGCUCCGCUGCGGAAGUACGUGAGGUACUACAGAGACUUCGUGUUGGAGCUGAACAAGGCUCUUGCUGCUGACCCAAGAAUCGAGAUCUGUAUGCUUCCGGUUGGUGACGGGAUCACCCUUUGCCGUCGGCUAAGCUGAAUCUCCUCGUCAACCCCACCGACGGUGGCUCUUGAUCGGCGACUCAAAAACUCAAUGGAAAAUUGAUACGACUAUGUGCUUUCUUUAAUUUUCCUCUUUUGCGACUUCAACUUUGGAUUUGUAUUUCAACGAAAUGGAUGAUUUUUGAUAAUAAUAAUAAUAAUAAU